CUAGAGAAAACAUUUUUAAUAUGGAUGAAUCCGGUUUAUUCUUUAAAGAUACUACUAGGAAAACUUUUCACAUUAAAGGACAAGAUUGUGCAGGUGGGAAAAGGUCAAAAGAAAGGAUUACAAUCGCUCUAUGCGCAAGUAUGACAGGAGAAAAAUUACAGCCACUUGUCAUCGGUAAAUGUCGUAAGCCAAGAUGUUUUCAAAAACUUGAUCCCAAAACUUUGCCUGUGAUAUAUCGCUUCAAUAAGAAAGCUUGGAUGACCAGUGCUAUUUAUGAAGAGUGGUUAAAACUUUUAAACAAACAAAUGACACGCCAGAAUAGGAAAAUUCUACUCUUUGUGGAUAAUGCCCCCUCUCAUCCCGCAUUGACGCUCAGUAACAUAACGGUCAAAUUUUUCCCACCUAACACCACCUCCAAGACACAGCCAAUGGAUCAGGGGAUUAUACAGACCGUGAAACUCAAAUUUAGAAAACGACAGAUGAUCCACAUGGUGAAGGAGAUGGAGAGACAACCUGAUGUUAGUGGCCCUGACCUGUUGAAGCAGAUCAACAUACUGGAUGCCAUCUAUUGGCUCUCUAGCUCGUGGAAGGAAACUGAAGCGUCCACCAUCGAGAAGUGCUUUCUAAAAGCCGGGUUUAUUAGUGACACAUCCCAAGAACUUACACAGGAAUUACAUGCAGAAAGCUGUGAUGAUCUUGAUGAUGAUGACAUCCCGCUAGCUGUUUUAAAGUUAUCCAUGGAUUUAUUCGGAUGCGAAUUCAAUGAGCUGAAGGAAAUAGACGAAACGUUGGCUACCUGUGACAAUGCUGAAAUUGAUUGGACUAAACCAGCACAUGAUCUUCUUAGUGACAUAAAUGAGCAGGGUGAAACUGAUGAUGAGAGUGAAGAAGAGGAUAUGAUUCUGUCUCAAUUUCCAAACAACAAGGAACUCUUGGAUUGUGUCAAUAAAAUCAAAACAUUUUCCGUACACAGGGGUUGCAGCAAAUUGUUAAAAAAUGUAUUUCAAAUGGAGGAGCUGAUUUCUUGCCUAAUUGUUCAAAAGGAGAGGCAAUCCUCGAUAACUGAUUUUUUUACUCCCAGAGGAUCAGUGUAG